AUGGGGACAGCUGCCGUGCCUCGGAAGCUCGGCGCGCAGUUGGCGGCGCCAUCCGCCGGUCCCACUUUCGCGGAAGUUCUCGCUGCGUCUGUCGUUACCCCUGGCAGCGCCGAUCCCGCUGGGGCAGUUACCGCCACGCCUCUCCCUGCUGCUUCUGCCGCUGCUGCCGCGCCUGCAGCUUCCCGGCCCGUCGUUUCCACUAACGCAGCUCCUACCGCUCCGGUGAAGACUCUCACUGGGAAACCCACGCCUGCUGCACUCGCCAAGGGAAAACCAGCCAGCAAUGGCGCCGCCGCAGCCGCAGCCGCCGCUCCUGCGCCGAAGCAGGGUGGCCCCACGCCGAAGCAGGGUGGCCCCACGCCGAAGCAGGGUGGCCCCACGCCGAAGCAGGGUGGCCCCACGCCGAAGCAGGGUGGCCCCACGCCGAAGCAGAGUGGCCCCACGCCGAAGCAGAGUGGCCCCACGCCGAAGCAGAGUGGCCCCACGCCGAAGCAGAGUGGCCCCACGCCGAAGCAGAGUGGCCCCACGCCGAAGCAGAGUGGCCCCACGCCGAAGCAGAGUGGCCCCACGCCGAAGCAGAGUGGCCCCACGCCGAAGCAGAGUGGCCUCACGCCGAAGCAGAGUGACCCCACGCCGAAGCAGAGUGACCCCACGCCGAAGCAGAGUGGCCCCACGCCGAAGCAGAGUGAUUCGGUGCCGAAGCUGCCCCCUGUUCCCAAACCGGACGCACCUAAGCUCGACGCGUCUAAUUCUAAGCCCGGUGCUCUUCCCUCCAAUCCCGCACCUUCAGCAAAACCACUCGCGACCGUUCUAUCAGCUGGUAGCUCACCGCUGGUAACGACCAAGGCCGUCAACUCGACUGGUGCAGCUGGCAACUCGACUGGUGCAGUCGGCAAUUCUACCGCGCCGGCAGGAAAUAGCACCAGGUCGGCGGGGAACUCUACCGAGACAGCGACUACUCCGGCAUAUGCCGUGGGAUCGCGCGACUGCCAGUACGGGCAAGUCAAGCAGCUUCACGCAUGCGCCGUUGGGUACGCGCAGUCCGCAAAGAUCCGCGGCGGCCAAUGGCCGACAUCGUCGCUGUACGAAGUUGAAACGGAAGAUGACACGGUGGUGAACGGGAGGCCCGUGGAGAAAUCGUUACGGUUCGCGCUGAUGAAUUUCCCCGACGGAGUGAUCAUCACGUUUUCGCGAAGCAUGGAGAUCGUGCUACAGAGUAACCUGUUUUUACGUUCGCGAGUGACGAUCGACGGGCGCGGCGUGCACGUGCGCAUCACCAACGGCAGCAUCGUCCUCCAGAACGUGAAUGACGUCAUCAUUCACAACAUCGAAGUGUCGGGUAACCCGCGCGGCGAUCUGAUUCCCAUCUACAACAGCAGCCGCGUGUGGAUCGACCACUGCCGCCUGCAGGACGCCCUCACGGGCACAGUCGACGUGGCACGGGGCUCCACUGACGUCACCAUCUCGAAUAACUACAUCAGCAGCCGCGGCCAGACGAUGCAGCUUGGCUUGUCGGACACGGAGGAAGCGGACAAGAAGAUGCGAGUCACGAUUUACCGCAACUGGUUCAACACAUCCGGAUCCAUGCAACCGCUCUGCCGCAAGGGCCGCUGCCACGUGGCAAACAACCUCUACACCCACUGGUCCUACUACUGCCUCGCCGCGCGCCGCGGCGCGCAAAUCCGGUCAGAGAAAAACUUUUUCCGGCCGGCGCCGGGGUCGGCGCGACUGGAGGUGACGCCGUGGUAUAGAGGCAUGCCGGCCACAGAUGUUUGGUUCGACGCUACAGUUACCAUCGCGUCGUUCCAAGACUACUUGGCUGGAGGCGCGACGUUCAAUAAGACGGCGUAUGCCGGCCCCACUCCGAUCUUCACGCCGCCCUACGCGCUGUCGCUGCCGCGGAAUCCACGUCAGAUGGCGUCUAUUUUGAGAAUCAACUGCGGUCCCAAGUACGAUGUCGAUUCCGCACUACCCCCUGCUUCGGGACAGUUCCUUCCGCCUGCCCCACCGACCCCAUCCCCCACGACUCCUCCUGCGACUGCGAACACAACUUCUACUGGUAACAGCACUUCCACUGGUAACAGCACUACCGCUGGUAGCAGCACCAAUGCUGGUAACAGCACCGUUACAGCAGCGUCGCCUCCGAGCUCGAACGAUUGCCAGUAUUCCACUGCGGGUGCCGGAAUCGCCCUUGGGAGUUGCGCGAUGGGUUUCGCCGCCCCGGGUUUAGUCGGCGGUGCUGGGAAAUCCACAUACGUCGUCACUUUAGAGGAGGAUUCGACAUCCGCUACAAGACAGGGUACGCUUCGGUGGGGCAUCUCGAAUUUCUACAAAACUGGCGCAGUUAUUACAUUCGCACGAGACAUGACAAUUCAACUAAUGGCGCCGCUAUAUGUGAAAUCGUUCAUGACUCUGGAUGGGCGAGGCGUCAACGUGAAAAUCGUGGGAGACAGCCUGCUGGUGCAGCACUCAAGUCAAGUCAUCAUCCAUAACAUUGAAUUUUCCAGUAGCAGGACAUCCCCUGCAACCAUAUCUCUAUACAACACCAGCAGCACUUGGAUCGACCAUUGCCGCUUCUCCAACCUUUCCGCCACCCUCCCAGCCAUCGAGCUCGCCCGAAACAGUACCGCGGUUACCAUCUCCAACAACCUCUUCUACGGCACACUCGGCACGCAAACCGUCACUGCCUCGGCAAGCCCAGCCUCGGGGACAGGCUCGGCACUCCACCUGGGCCAAUCAGACGGCGACGGAAUUAACCGUGACAUGAACGUCACUGUCUACAGGAACUGGUUCCAGUCUCUAUCUGCAAUGCAGCCGAUGUGCAGGCUAGGCAAGUGCCACGUGGCAAACAAUCUCUACACCAACUGGACUGGGAGCACGGUGGAAGCCAGGGCGGCUGCUCAGGUGCUGCUGCAGAGCAACCUCUUUAUAAGCGGACCCGAUUCAGUGUUCACUCCGCCAUACGACCUUCCUCUGGGGGACCCCAAUGCCCUGCUCUUCGUUGUCUUCAUGAAGCUGAACGCUGGUCCCCAUGCCAACUGA